AUGCUACGCUAUUUCUGUCUUAAUAUUUUCUUCCUUUUAACCAUCGUAUCAUUGAUCAAUGCUUCUCCUACAUCGGAUGAAUCAACUCUUGAAGAAAGAAAGUGUCGGAACUACUGUGCGACUAAUGGCAUCUGUACGUUGACUGAAAGUGGUCCCAUGUGCUAUUGUUUACCUGGAUGGAAGGGAACACGUUGCAGUGAUGUUGGAAAGUCCGUUCCAAAUCAAGAAAUCUAUUCUGAAGAGAGGUCACUAAAUUCACGGGCCCUUGUAGCUUGUCCAGCAGCAGUGGGAAAUCCAUGUGAAAAUGGCGGAACUUGCCUCGUAUCCAACGGCAAUGAGUUGGUGUGUGGAUGCCCGGAAGAUUAUACAGGCGAUUUAUGUGAAAUACAGUCACGUAUGUUGUUACGACCUUGA